UCGGAAGUGAAAAAACCGACAUCCAUUGAACGCAUUCUACCUCCGUCAUCACGCACAGAAACGUAAGCCAAUCAGGUGAAGAGCCUGCGUUCAGGGAAGAAGCAGAUGAUAUGGCAGCUUUGAGACCGUCCAGGUGGAACUUGCUUUGUUAACACGACUAAACCCUUAAACUAUGAGAAGACUGUAGGUCAGAGGCGGCAGCUGCUCAAGAUGAUUUAUCUAAUAUUGAUCUCUGCGUUCGCCGGAGCAGUCGUUACGUUGGUAUUACAGUUCCUGCUGAUAUACCGGAGAAACACCGAGCCCAUCGCCAGGGCAGUGCAGUAUGUCAAAGUAGUGCCUGAUCACGCAUUGAAGGAUUACUUUAAUACCCAACAUGCCGAUCCAGGCCAGCAGCAGCAGGACACCGCAGCAUUUACUGCCUCUAAACAGCAAGAGUCGGUCCCAGCCAGGCAGCCGGAAGCGGCAGUCAGCGGCGGCAGCCCCAAACAACAGCCGCCACCGACCACACAGAGCGAGCCCGCGGAUGCGACCAAAGCCGAGACGUGCAAUUUCCUAAACGCUAUAUUUCUGUUCCUGUUCAGAGAGCUCAGAGACACUCCCGUCGUGAGACACUGGCUCACCAAGAAGAUCAAGGUGGAGUUUGAGGAGCUGCUGCAGACCAAGACAGCAGGACGGCUCCUGGAGGGACUCAGUCUCAGGGAUAUUUCCCUGGGCAAUUCUCUGCCCAUCUUUAAAACGGCAAAACUUAUAAAGCCGGUGCAUUUAAACGAAGACGGCAUGCCCGAGGAACUCAACUUUGAGGUAGACAUCGAGUACAAUGGCGGUUUUCACCUCGCCAUCGACGUCGAACUGGUGUUUGGGAAGUCUGCCUACCUGUUCGUGAAGAUGAAACGCGUUGUGGGCAGGCUGAGGCUCCAGUUCACGCGCAUGCCCUUCUCCCAUUGGUCGUUCUCCUUCCUCGAGGACCCGCUGAUUGACUUUGAGGCGAAGUCCCAGUUUGAAGGGAGGCCGCUGCCUCAGCUCACCUCGAUUAUAGUGAACCAGCUGAAACGGGUCAUCAAGAAGAAGCACACCUUACCAAACUACAAGAUCAGAUACAAGCCCUUCUUCCCGUUCCAAGUGCAGGGUCCGUUGGGUUCAACUUGUGAUUUGGACCUGUCAGUCCAGGACAGCAGACUAGUGGAAGGCCGACUCAAAGUCACCCUCAUUGAAUGUAGCAGACUGUUUGUCCUCGGCUCCUAUGACAGAGAAACCCAUGUUCAUUGCACCCUGGAGCUGAGCAGUUACCAGUGGAAGGAGAAGACUCGCAGCUCCAUCAAACGGACGGAGGUUAUCAAGGGGCCAUGUGGCAGUGUUGGAAUGACAUUCAGGCAUGUCCCUGCCAGCGAGGGGGAUGCAGUGCAUGUCAGCAUCGAGACGGUCACGCCCAAUUCCCCUGCAGCCUUGGCAGACUUACAGAAGGGAGAUCGUCUCAUUGCCAUUGGAGGUGUAAAAGUGACAUCCUCAGUUCAAGUGCCCAAACUGUUGAAGCAAGCUGGAGACAGGGUGGUGGUGUUUUAUGAGAGGCCAGUUCGUCACCAGGCUCCUUCUUUUGGAAGCCUGGGGACUCUUCAAGAAGGCUUUGGGCAGAUAGAGGAAACAGGUUUUAUUUCCCAACCAGGGGGUUAUGAAGAGGAUCCAGCCCCUAUCACCACCCUUUCUGACAUAUCUGACAGCAAAGACAUGGACUCUGAGUUUGAAGAAUUGAUUGUAGACUCUAAGCAAAGCCAGACUGGUGGCCCUAACAGCAGUACUACAAAUACCAGUGACACUAAGGAAGAUUCUUUACUUACAGUAAACCAAAGCCCUAAAAGGACUGUGGCCAACUUGGCCACUAAGCCCCUUGGUACCAUCUCACCUAUCCUCAACCGUAAGUUGAACCUGGUGGGUCUCCAGUCACCACUAAAGCCCCAGCCCAAAGAAACACCAAAGCCCUCGCCACAUAAGACCAGUAAUGAUCCAGGGGAGGGUUUGCAGCGGCCCACCAUUCCUCCCCCACCUCCUCCAUCUCGACCCCAAGUGCCACCAAGACCUCAAAUAAGAUUGACAUCAGCCUCCUCAGAAACCAGUCUUUUGGAAGGAAUUGAUUCUGUUACAACUACAAAUGCCACUAUUGCUCCUACACUGACUACCACUGUUAGUCCUUCUGAAAAAUCUCCAGAAAAAGUACCUCUCUCUGGAGCCAAUGAGGACAAGGCUGGUACUGAGAAGAUGAGUCUGAAACAGGCUGAAGGGAAGCAGUCUACCCGGCAAGCAGAGUGUAGUGAUGAACUGCCAGUAUCUUCCAACAUGACCAGCAGCAGCAAAGUGGAUCAAGCAAAGGACAAAACUUCAGAAUGCUCCUGCAGUACACGGGACAUUCUGGAGGACCACUCUCUCUGGGAAUCCCCGGAAACCAUGUUUCGUAACCAGACAGCCCACUGGAAAAAAGCAUCUGUGGUGUUUGAGGUGGAGGGCAACCAUAAGUUCCUUAAUGUGGCCCUAUGGUGCAAAGAUCCCUUUAAGCUUGGCAGUUUACUGUGCCUGGGCCAUGUCAGCCUCCAGCUGGAGCAUUUAGCCCUGGAAUGUAUGGCCACAUCUUCAGCAGAAUACCAGAGCACCUUUAGGUUGGGGCCUCCAGAACCCAGAGCUAAUGUCAGCCGCACUGCAUUACGUGGCCUCAGUACCCACAAGGGUUUCAAUGAGAAGCUGUGUUAUGGAGAUGUCACUCUGAACUUCUGUUACCUACCUGAGGGUGAGUUAGCAUAUCCAGGGGGGCUGGCAGAGAGGGAGCGAGAGGGUAGUCUCCACCAUGACGAUCUAAGGGAGAGAGAGAAGGAGCAUAUCCCCUCAGCACCGCGUGAUGACAUGGCCUACGGUGCCAUGCAGUUGGUGGAGGUGCGUCACAACUUCCAGGACACCCAGUUCCAGAACCCCACUUGGUGUGAGUACUGCAAAAAGAAGGUUUGGACCAAGGCUGCCUCCCAGUGUAUGAUUUGCGCCUACGUUUGCCACAAGAAGUGCCAGGACAAGUGCCUCACAGAGAAUCCCUUCUGUGUGGCAGCGACUGAACGUCGUGGAGCUGACCCUGAAGCCAAAUCCACCCUAAACCGGGCCACCACUGGCCUAACACGCCACAUCAUUAACACCAGCUCCCGCCUGCUUAACCUCCGCCAGGUGCCCAAGACUCGGCUGGUUGAGCAGGUGGCUGAUGUUUUGCCUGGAGUGGUGGAACCCUCACCUAAGCAUACCCCCAACACUUCAGACAAUGAAAGCAGUGAUACUGAGACAUAUACCAGUGGUGCCAGUCCCUCAAAGCAGCCUGCCAGCAGUGGUGGAACCAGUAAACUUGUGCGCAAGGAAGGUGGGUUAGAUGACAGCGUGUUCAUUGCUGUAAAGGAGAUAGGCCGUGACCUGUACCGGGGUCUGCCCACAGAUGAGCGCUCCCAAAAGCUGGAGUUGAUGCUAGAUAAGCUGCAGCAGGAAAUUGAUCAGGAGCUGGAGCACAAUAACGCUCUUCUGCUGGAGGAGAGGGAGGCUACAGAUGCCCGGCGCAAGGCCCUAAUAAGUACUGCCUUGGCCAAGUCUGGGGAGAGACUCCAGGCCCUUACCCUGCUAAUGAUCCACUACCGGGCAGGCAUUGAAGACUUAGAGUCAGUAGAAAGCACGUCUCCUUCAGAGCAGCAAGGUUUUAAAGGCAAAGGACAAGCCCUUGAGGAAGAGUCCCUGAUGGGGACAGAGGUCUAUGACAGUGACAUAUGCAGCCCUGUCGAUGUGCAGCUGUUGGAUGACAUUACUGAGGAGCAAAUCUGUGUGGAGGCUCUCCAGUAAAUAAGCCUAGAAAAAAACAGAGGAGGAACCAGUAAUUGGGCCCGGUGCCUCCCAGCAAAUUUAAGUCUAGCUUGUUUUUAGACAAUUGGAAAUUUCAGGGAAGUUGAGCUCCAGUGUCUGAUUCACACGUUUUUAAUUUUAUGUAAAAAUUAUUUCCUCACAGGGUUCAUGGUUAACCUGUUAAUGAUUUGCACAACGUGAUGCCGUUUCCAUGCUCUUGGUUUUUAAAGGGAAUUUUAAGAGCUAUACUAUUAUCUUCCCACAGUUGUACAGCAUGUGUACCUCCCAGUUUUGUUAUUCUGAGGCUUAUAAAUGUCCUUGUAAGCAUUUAAAUCGGCUUACUUGUUUUUUUUGUCUCAAUGGAUAUGACAAGGAUUAGAAAAUGUGCAUUUUUCCAUGGAGUUGUGGUCAGAAUCACUUUAAUUAGGUAAAUAUUUGUUUGCUGUGAACAACAAGCCAAUCUUAAGGUGAAUAAUGGAGUAUUUACUAGUGUGGAUACCAGUAGAGAAAGCAGGUUUAGACAUCCACCUCAGUGGAACAUGUCAUUUAUCUGAGAACCCAGCAAGUGGUCUUUUUUGUUUGUUGCAGUUUUAUACUAUAUUUGGAUUUUACCUAAAGCUCUUUGGAUUUCAGCAGCCGCAUAAUUAUUUUUGAAAUCUUAUUUCCCUCUUUUCUUUUAUUUGUUUGUACUGAUAAGGUAAAAUAUUUUGACCAUAUAAUCCAUAUGUUCUUUUUCCUUGGAGCUUGUGAGGAGGUAAUUGUCCUUGGCUACAAUGAGCCAAUUGUUAUUUGUUUGUUUUGCCCACUGACAUUUUUUUUAGAAAAUCCCUACAUUAUCUAAAACUCAGCUGAUGCACAUUGCUAACCGAUCAAAAAUUCCAUGGGUGCAAUGCAAGAAUGGCACAUAAGUAACUUUUUAUGAAUGUAUGUUUUCUGAAUGAAUGUUACCCAGUAGCUCUGGUGAUGUUAAUAAACUCUCUAUCAUUUGUUUAUUUUGUUAAAUAUGUGUGUGCUUAUGUGUAUGAAGAUCAUCUCUAUACUUGAAACCUUAUGGUGUGAUUAUGUGUGGAUCAUUUGCCUUUGUGAGUUUCAAGCCCAGUGAAUUCAUGUUUAGCCCUUUCUAUGUUCUGUGUAUAUCCAUUUGGUUGGCAUUGCCCCUCACCAUUUCCUUUCAAAACAUCAAGCAUUAAUGCAGCUUGUUACAGGGAUUCUGUUCUAACAAGCUCCAACCCCAGUGCUAUCCUCAGACAGCCACUGUAAAAGAACUGUUCGCAAAGAGGGAAUAUCUUGGUCUUGCGUAUCAGAAGAAUCAGUCUGGGGUUUUUUUGCUUUUUCAUUCUCAUAGUUAUUUUGCCAAUUAGUUCUACAUCACAUAUGUCCUGCACAAAUAUAGUUGAGUUUGUUAGUGUUCUAAAAAAUAUCAACAUCAGGCGAUGGUAUGAGCCCAUCAGUACUGUGAAAAGUUCAAGUAUAGAGUCGAAACUUCAUUGAAAGUAAUUAGGCAUUUAGACAGAAAACAGCUGUGUCUGAAAAAAGAUGAUAAAACACAAUCCAGAAUCCAGUGUAGUAAUAGGUUGAUGAGUUGGGUUUGAACAGGCAGCAAUCAGUUUAUCUUUUUUCCUGACAAUCACAGUGUAACCCAUAUAAAUAUUUGGUCCAUGUUAGAAAGUAAUCUACCAGGAAUGUGGAUGUGCAAGUUUUUAUGUUUUUAUUUAUCUAUUUUUUUUUUAACUGAUUUUAGCUGUCUAGUUGCAGCAGUCAAAAGAACACUUGUUCUUGCACAUAAGAAGUAGUUAUGUGGGUGUUUGCUUAUACAUUGAUGACCAACUAUCAAAAUCAUUGUCCUCUUAUUAUAAGUGUGGAAGUGCACAAUGAGAAACGAUGGCCCCAGUCUGUGGUCAGGUACCUGGGGUUAGGAGCAACUGCCCUAGAGACAUCUAUAGAUUUUCUUGUACAAAACAAAUUUGUAGUAGAUUUAUCACUACGAAAAAAACAAAACACCCAAAUGUAUUGAGCACUCGUCCAAGCAAACAACAACAAGUAAUCAACUAGAUUCAGAAGCAUAGAUACAUUUCCUGCGUUUUUCAGUGUAAGAGAUGUUGCUUAUGUAGAUAAUGGCUUACUGGCUGCUAUACUUUUCAAUCUCUCAGUCUCGGUGUAUCUUGAUUUUUUUAGUGCAUUAUUUUUGAAGAAAAUUAAGCUGUCUGUGCUGUCCCCAUGACUGUGCUUUAUAUUCUUAUUGAUCUUCUCUUCAAAAAUGUUCAGUCUGUGUGCCCAUCUGUCUGAUGAUGUAACCUUGGUUUUUGGGGCCAACGAGAACCUGACCUCUUUAUCCUGAGAAUCACUGCUAUUGCUGCUGAUGCUUUUGUUACAAUGUGCUUUUCUGCAGAACUCAUUAUCAUAUGCUUCUCCACCCACCCUUACCCACAGCCCUAACUUUUGAAACCUUGAAACUGCGCGUACAAUAUGAUUGCCCAUCCUGACUUUCCGCAGAUCAAGAUGGUGUUUUUUUUGUGUAUGUGAGGGAUGUUGUACACAAGAAGGUUCAUGUGAUGAAGCUUUAUUGUACAUAACAUAAAUAAACAAGCUCAAAUGUA